AUGUCCCUUCGCUUGCCAGCAUUUGCGGCCUCUGAGGGUCACGUUGUCAACGCGGAGGACGCCAGGGCUGUCGAAGAAGUGAUUUGGAUCAGUGCCUCUGAAGCCUCUGAAGUUGAGCAAGAGGAUGAAGACAUUCUUAUCUUGUCGGACACCUCUUCGGUCACGCUUCCAGAAGUGUUACCUACUCGCGUCGAAAGUCCAGAGGAUAGUUGGUCACGGAGCUCCGGUGGAAUCGCCACGGUGGAGGGUGAUGUAGUGCUGACAGAGCUGACCGAUGUGCCCCCAGCGCAGCUUGUGGAGCCUCUCGAAGUGGCACGGGAGCCAUCAGUGGGGCUUGUAACAGCAGCACUCGACGUGGAAGACAUACAAGUUGAGCAGUCGCUUCCAGGCUAUGCUGUCUGCUCUUCAGAAGAGGAGCGUUCGUUGCCGAAGCCAGAAGACCAUCUUCAGCCACCAAACACACCAGCAACUCCUGCACAACCUGAACGCAGGGCUGUUGGAGAAUCUUAUGGCUUUGUUCCUGCAGUGGACAGCCCACCUGCUGUAGGUUCUGCACAUGACAGCGGAGCUGCUUUGCCAGCGCAAGGGUCAUCAUCACCCAGCAUGGCUAAGUCCUCUUUGCCUGUCUUCACCCCCUUAAGGCAACCUUCAUUGCAGCAGGCUGCCACUGGAAAAGAUGCAGAGAGAGACGCAGAAUUUUCUGAAAAGCCACUGUCACCUGUAGCAAGCUUGCAGCACUCGCCUCCUAAAGGUGGCCAGCACGAGACUGAGCUCAAGAGCUCUGCAGAGGUGGCUGCCAAGACACCUGAGCACGAGUCUGAGCUUGAUAAGAACCUUCUCAAAACAGUUGUGACUUCCUCCUAUAACCUCAGGGAGAAACGAACGCCCACAUGGAAGGAGGAGGAGCAGAAGACGUCCGUAGCACGUCCAUCUAGGUCGCGAAGGAAAAGCGGGUCCGUGACACCAUCUCAACAGUUGCCAACCACUCCCACCAGGUCGGGAUCCAGCCAUGACUUGGAAAAAAGCCCUGAAACUGCGGUCACACCAAAUCGGAAGACGCGUGCUGCCAGUGAGGAGCCGUCAACGGAACACAGCCGUAAGAAGAGCAGGGCACUUGAGGGCUCACCCGGGAGGAAGAGGGAGAAAGCAAGCUCAGUCACACCAAACCGGAACGAGCGUGCUUCCAGUGAGGAGCCGUCGACAGAACACAGUCGUGAGAAGAGCAGGGCACUUGAAGGCUCACCCGGGAGGACGAGCCCAGUAACAGUUGUGACUUCCUCCUAUAACCUCAGGGAGAAACGAACGCCCACAUGGAAGGAGGAGGAGCAGAAGGCGUCUGUAGCAAGUCCAUCUAGGUCGCGAAGGAAAAGUGGGUCCGUGGUUCCAUCUCAACAGUUGCCGACCACUCCCACCAGGUCGGGACCUAGGCAUGACUUGAAUAAAAGCCCUGAAACUGCAGUCACACCAAAUCGGAAGACGCGUGCUGCCAGCGAGGAGCCGUCAACGGAACACAGCCGUAAGAAGAGCAGGGCACUUGAGAGCUCACCCGGGAGGAAGAGGGAGAAAGCAAGCUUGGUAAGCCCCAAGCGCACAACACAAAGUCCAGAACAAAAGAUGCAAACACCCAGCCCUAAGGCAAAAAGCACUGCCAAGGCCACCUCAGCCACUGCUGGUAAACCGUCAAAGAGGCUAGCGACACCCAGACCAAGCAGAACAUCUGCAACACCCAGUUCAAAGAGAGCAGGAGCCUCGCGCCAUGUUGAGAAGCAAGCGUCACCCAGCCCCACCAGGCAGUCAUCGGCGAGUCCUCCAAAGACACCGCCGCGUCGCGCAAGAAAGUCCGCCACUCCAAGUCCUACAAGGCAGAAGUCAGUGCAGGGUACAAGGCAGCAGUCCACAACACGCAGCCCUAAGCAGAGUAAAUCGGCAGUUCGUAGCCCUCAAGCGAAGACGGCCAAGGCGCCAACUCCAGUGAAGGCUUCCUUGCGUACACGUGGUCACACUGAGACGAAGACACCAAGUCACGUGGAGAAGACGCCAGAAAAAGCGGUGCGUAGCACAAGAGCAAGCAGCACCAGGCAAAGGAGAUCAGCAACACUUAGUCCUCAAGAGAAGGCUGCUCGUACACCAAGUCCUGCAAAGGGAUCACCUGUACGCAGUCCCGAAAGGGCGAAAACAUCAAGCCCAGUAGAGGACAUAGGGCGGGGAUCAUCGCCAGUGCCUGGACCAAGUAAAACAGAAACUCCCUCUAAGAGAACGAGCGGCAGAGUGCCAAGAACCCCAAAACGUUCUUCGUCUGCAGACGUAGCAGAGGGGCUGCUGCGAACGCCAACGCGGCGUGGCUUGCGCCUGACGCCCGACAAGCAGCUGGCACUGAAAGGGCACGUGGAGGGACCGACCAAGCCAUCUGGUGCUCGGCGUCCUCCCCUGGAUACUAUCGCUGAAGUCGACACGUCACCAACAAAAAGUGACACGGAGACAAGUCCGACAGUACCACCAACACGGAAGGGUCGCCGGAAUUUGUUGACCGAGCCCGACCAGAGUGUGCCGCCAAAGAAGUUGCUUGUGGCUACUCGACGCAGCCGCAGGGUCUCUGGAAAUGUGGCGUUGGACACGAUUGCUGAAAUCCCCGAUGCCGAAAUGGAACAAGAGCCGCAGCCAACAACCUCAACAAGCCAGCGACAACGCAGGGCCAAGCGCAAGGCCGACACAGCACUUGAUGCUGAGGGAUUCAAGCUUUCCAAGCCAACUGAACUGGCUCGCAAAGACUCCAAUUCAACACCACCAAAGGGCGAGUUUCUCUUCUCACCACCCGUGACACGGCACCGCCAACAGCAGAUGAGCCAGUCCUCGGGGAAGCCAGCCGAAGCAGAGCCAGUCCCUUCUACGAGCAAAGAGCAGGCCCCGAAAAAGAAGCAGCAGCGACGCAUCAAAAUAGCUACCACAUUGAUGAAAACGCCCGUACGCAGUAAAGCAACUGCCAGCAGCGGCAGCGGUGGCAGCAGCAGGCCACUCACUAGGACACCCAGGCGGAAGCCAAUUCGUUACAAGCUCAAGCCUAGAACACUGGAAAUUCCAGUGCCUGCACCUCGUCCACGCGUCUCCGCUACUGCAUCUUCCAGCAAGGGUGGCAAGAAGACCCCGAAGAAGACUGCACUGUAGUUUAAGAAUCUAAUGCCUUUAAUUGUGUGUAGGCAUGGCAUCACUGCUUAAGUGGGGGACGUGGCAAUGAAAACUUUUUCUUUAAAUUAUUUAUGGGAAUAAAUUGAUGGAAUUUGGCAUGCAGUUGUGAUUUGUUAUGCUGAUAUCAUGACUGGAAAUCAGUUUUGUGCUAUCUAUUAUAGUUUUUGAGUUGCAACACUUGACAGCCUCUAAUGGUCAUCCCCAAAUUAAUUAAUUACACGCAAGUUCGCCAAGAUUUUCACAUCAGCAUGUUCACAAAGACCCAUUCUGUACAAUAAAGUUAUUGGUUUAUUUUUAAGUGUCGAAAUGAGCACCAAAUUGUUUUUUGAACUUUCCUAUGCAGUAUGUCUUACUAACAACCUUUGCAAAAAAACAAAAACAAAUUUUUUUAUGAGGUGCAGAUAGAAAUGGCACUCAUCAAUGUUUCAGGAUCUAAGUUCAAAAGACAGAAUUAUUUUGUCUUCAUUUGUUGGGAAAUGGCGCUGGGAUGACUGAAAGCAACUGCACAAAAACAUGAAAGCUGAGAAAACGAAGCUCAAAGCCCGGUUUUUUUUCACAAUUCUUGAUGACAGCACUCUAGGAAAGUGCUGUAUUCUCGAUUUCUAUCGCUUAUUUUGUUAUAAUAUUUCACCAAGAGGUAAAUGAAGUUCCGAGGAUCGCAAAUUUGACCACUUCAAUUGCCACGUCUCCCCUUAAUGAGGCAGGUGCGAGUACCCUGUAACGGUUUACGGGGGAUGUAUAUAAACAAGCCAGUGUUCUUUCUUUUUUCUUAUGCAUUGAAUCUACAUGCACUACUUAUGGCCUGUGCUACAGGAAAAAAAAUUGAUGCUGCUGUGCACUACAGGCACAGGUAUGAUUUCAUUUUCCACAGCCUUAUCAGGUCGUGACAGACUUCGCAAUGUUGUGUAGGUGGCAGUUAAUUUUCACAAGCGUUGUGUUGAAAAUUGCUAUAGGGAACAACACAAAAUGCAAUUCCCCUCACUUGGGCCAGUGUUCCUUGUAUCCUGUGCUGUGCCUUCUGUAUUAACACUAAACUCACUGUGACAGCACUCUCCUACUGCUGAUUUUUCGUGCAGAUGUUUGUACAUUGUCGCACCUUUAUGAAUUGACGAGUGUGCAUUGAUGAACCAGUGAAGGGGCACCAUCUUUAAUUGUUUCAAACUUAACAAAAGUCCUUAGUGUGUUCUUUUGCAAGUCGUGCAGGCUUUGGUUUGCAGCAUGCACCGGUUAGUGCAGGUUGUACUUGCAAUGUGCGUCAAUACUGCAGCAUCUACAUUUGGAAUGUACUCGAACAUGGAAUUCUGGUUACAUUAUCUUUAUGAUGUACUGAAUGACAAUUGGUGGAGGGGUGUGCGUUUCACAGCAUUUCAGGCUUACUCAGAAAUUUAGCUGUAUAUUCCAAUGUAUAAAGGUACGACAUAAUUUAUAUCAUCAGUUGUGGGUCAUAUUAAUAGCCAUCUCUAUAUUAACAGAAGCAGCUUGGCCAGCCUGAUUGAAAGUGUUAUGGAGCUUGCUUGUGUUGUGAAAUUGUGUAAACACAAUAUUGUUAUUGCUCGAUACAGCAGAGGUGUACAGAUUUCGAGAGUGUCAAUUUAUUGACUGGUGUGAAAUGGUUCACCUUCUUUUUAUAUAUAAAUUGUUUUACUUGAUUGUGUUCUCAUUUUAUAUUGUGACGUGGGAAGCAAGGGCAGAUGCGCUCGACCACUGAACGCACAACUGCAUUCCCGUAGCUGUUAUAAUAAACUGCAUUCGACCUUUC